ACGCGGCGGUCGAAUGCAUUGUGGGAUGGUAAUGGUGGGCGCGUGAUUUUGAACAAUUUUGUAAUGCCUUCUUCAGAUACAGGUGGGGCCAAGUCCCUUCCUGGAGUGAGAGCAAUUGCUGAAACACUCGAGUUGGAAGGUGCCACACUCGGAGAUGGAGACCUAACUGCCUUCGCACUUCAGACCACCGACGACCGGUUCACGUCGUCCGAGCUGGAGACAUUGGCGAACAUCGAGGCGGAACUAGAGUGCCUGAGCACGGAAGUGGAGGUGGACAGCCUGGGCUGCAGGGGCGAUGAGCUGGUCGUGGAGAGCGAGGAGCAAGUGGUGUUGACCUCCGCAGUGGACGGACAUGGGCAGGAGGUCAUGCCGAAGGAAGAGGUCGUGGAGUCCAUCUUGCCCGACUUGGAGGAUUCUGCGCAAGAGGAAGAAGCACUAGACAUCAAGGACAUGGGUGUGCCCGCGUCGCCGUCGGACAUAAUGACCAUGCUCCAGGGGCAGUCUCCUCUGCAACAUCAGAUGUUGGUGACGAGCAGCUCCAACAACUUCACGCACGCAGACUUGAUUUCGAAACCUUCCCAAGUACCUGGUUCGUCCAUCGUUGUCAUACAGUCCCCGGCGGCGACCAGCUCGGGCGAGCUGAUCGUGAGUGCGUCGCCCAACAUGACAGUGAGUGGGGGCCAACUCUUGGGGGGCAAGCUGUCCGUGCUUCCGAACAACUUGGCGGUCGGUUCUGCCGCUCAUUUUCACACGCUAGGGCAGACGUUAGUGAGUGCUAAGGCUGCGGAUGGCAGCAUUGUGCAUUUUCCCAGAACAGCUGUCACCCGGACCACAGGUUCGACGACCGUUAACGCAUCUCUGCCGGGCAUCAAGCCAAUUCAGACGACAGUCAAGAGACCUGCCUCUAAUACAAGUGGGGUCCUCAGGAAUGUGUACACCAAGGUGAUGAUCGCGGGCAGCCAGUCGGGCCAGCAGGGCCAGCCCAUCAUGAUCGCCACGGCGCAGGCCGCCCCCGACGGCUUCCCCUCGGGCCACCCGCUCAAGAUCAUCACCAGCACGGGGCAGAACGCCAUCCUGGGCAGCCCGCCCAAGGCCAUCACGCUGGCCCAGGCGCAGCAGAUGGGGCUGCUGUCGCCCUCCAAGUCCCAGCAGAUCCUGCCGUCCACGCCGUCCAAGCAGCAGAGCAUCGUCGUGAACAAGAUGGCGCAGUCGCCCGCGAAGCCGUCGGCCAAGAUCACGCUGGUGGCGGCGGGGGGCGCCGGCGCCAAGCCGCCGGCCAAGAUCCUGCCGGCGCCCGCGAGCGGCGUGGCGCAGCUGAGGCCCGGCACGGUGGCGAGCCUGUCCGUGGCGACGGCCACCACGCCCACGCCCACCACCGUCCGGCCGCUGAUGAGCCCCCAGAAGGUGAUCAUCCGCCAGGGGGCUCUAAAGCCGGGCACCGUGCUGACCACCACGUCGGGGCAGAUGAUACGGAUACCAGCCACGCAGAACGCAGUGGGGUCGGCGGGAACACUCGCUCAGUUUUCAGGAGGCAAGCAGUUGCAGUUUGUCAGGAUGGUGAGCGCGACCUCUGCGCCGGGCGCCGUGAAGGCCACGGCGAGCUCUGCCGUGGCGACGAGCGCGGCCGGCCAGGUGGCGUCGGCGGCGCUGCGCUCCCAGCCCCAGGCCGUGAAGGUGGUCCCGAUAGCCCCAGCAACGACCACCGCUGUGCGCACCGUGGGGCCCAAGACUGCGACAAGCCAGCCGACCCAGCAGCGCAUCCUCAUACCGGCGUCGGCGUCCAUGCCGGCGCUGCGCCCGACCACGCCCACGAUGACCGGCCAGCUGGGGUCGAGCGCCGCCAUCCUGCAGUCGGGGGCCAACAGCUUCGUGGUGCUGCCCACCCAGUACCUGCAGCAGGUCCAGCAGAAGCAGCACGUGCCCAUCGCGCCCUCGCAGAGCGUGCUGACGACACAGAAGACGCUGCAGCCCCUCAAGUACGAGGCGCUGCCCGACCUGUCCCAGGGCCAGUCGCGGUCCGGCAGCAGCAGCUCCUCCCGGUCCAGCCAGGAGCCCAACGGCAUCCGGCCGCGCAAGCCCUGCAACUGCACCAAGUCCCAGUGCUUGAAGCUGUACUGCGACUGCUUCGCCAACGGGGAGUUCUGCAACAUGUGCAACUGCAACAACUGCUACAACAACCUGGAGCACGAGGAGGAGCGGCAGCGGGCCAUCAAGUCCUGCCUGGAGCGCAACCCGCACGCCUUCCGCCCCAAGAUCGGCAAGGGCGUGGUGGGGGACGAGCGUCGCCACAACAAGGGCUGCAACUGCAAGCGCUCCGGCUGCCUCAAGAACUACUGCGAGUGCUACGAGGCGAAGAUCCCUUGUUCGAAGAACUGCAGGUGCGUCAGUUGUCGGAACGUGGAGGACCUGAUAGAGAGGCGGACGACGAAGCACGUGGCGGAAGUGGUGGACUUCCGGGCCCAGCAGGCUCCUUCCAAGAGCAGGUCGGUGACCACUUCGGAGGACUCCCCGAACCGGACGCAGCAGGCGCUGCAGGCUAGCGCAAAGCUGCCGUACAACUUCCUCUCGCAGGAAGUGCUGGACGCCACCUGCCAGUGCCUGCUGGCUCAGGGCGAGAAGGCAGAGCGCAGCAAGACCACCGAGCAAGAGAGGGAGCUCAUGAUCAUCGAGGAGUUCGGCAAGUGCUUGGUGCAGAUCAUCGAGUUUGCUCGCCAGACUGAAGAUAGCAGUUCAGUGGUCCAGUGAGGCUGGUGCUCAUCUGUGGCAGAAAUGUGACUGUUGCGAGUUCCUCUGCUCAUCCAUCCACUUGGUCUCUGCUUGCAAGGAACAAUAGUGAGAGAGAUUCACUUGGUCGAAAUUGAGGUGUUCCACAUGCACUGUUUGGGUCAUUUGUGCAUUCAAAAUGUGGGAUCAAAAGUUAUUAUUUAACUUAUAAAUUUGAGUGCAGACAUUGUGAGGCAAAAAAACUGUCAACGAGUGGAUAUCUGGCACCAGUUAUCAAGCACAGUGGAUACGACAUGACUGAAGCGAGGAUAUACGUAAUAACAUCAUUAUGCACUGUGAUCAACGAUUUGGUGGUGCAGUUAAUUGAUGUUCGAUACGCAAAUGUUGGAGUCAUAUAAUGGAAUAUCUGCACUUGUUACCAGUUCCUUUUGACUCUUAUGUUCAUUUGAUAAGUUUAUUUCCUAAUGUUGAUAUUAUUCAGAGUUUACGCAUGCAACCCAAUAUCUUCCCAUUUGUUUCUUUGACUAGGGUAGUUAUUAGCAGCUUUUUACAUUGUGUGACUUAUCAUUAAGUUUUCAUUUAUCAUGUGAGGUGUCUCCAGUUUUUAUGUGGAUUGUAUGCAAGGAAGUAAGUAAUUUUUUCCUUUGAAUUACUUCAGCAUCGUCAUUUAUAGUAGCUAAGUUUGCAAGUUGUGUGAUGGAUGAGUUCAUCUGAAUUAAAGGUAUUAAAUAGUAUAUGCGUGCCAAGGUUACACUGAGUGCUUUAAAGGUUUUGCCUACCUGGAGUUAUUUAUCGGACAGCCUGAAGUUUGCAAUAAUCAACAUUCAUUCUAGCUCCCUUUUGGGAAUCCUAAUGGCCGUAUUCUAACACGUUUGGGUAAAGUAGAGAAUAAGCACUGCCUUGUUGUGAUACAACUGUAACUUAACUCGUGGGCUGUAUUCCAGAACGUGUCCAAACUGAAUCCCAGAAAACAAAACUGCAACAGUUUUAAUAAACUAUGCCCUGCACGAGGCUAGAAACUGGUUCCGACACAUUCUAGCGGACAUUUCACAACCAUCAAUACAAUUUUUACUGCAGAAAUACUAGAGAUAGCAGCACCAUCACGCAAAAAUUGAACUCCCUUUCUAUUUUUAUCAAGUUCGUUUUAAGUUGUGAUUAUUUCUUGUUAUGACCAUUAAAGUAUACAGGAUAGUAUCGCUAUUAUAAAGUUUCAUUUAGCACACCAAUAUGUUUUGUACGUUGCCCGAUAUUCACGAAAUUGAAUAUAUAUGUGUCAAUGGCACCAGACGCAACUCCGCCAUCUGGACGAAAUCAAAUGAAAAGUGAGCUCUGCACAUGUGCAGAAUUUGGGCAACAGAUAGGAGUACCAAAAUCAGUUCGCUGAAAUUUAGGUGACUGGCCGUGUCCUAUCUUGCACUAGGAAUACAGUUAGGGAACAGUUGUAACAUAUUCAAAACCUAAACUCUUAUUUUUGUGUCUUGGAAUAUAUCCUAAGAUUUGCACAACAUGGGGUUACACGCCUUAACAACUCUAAUAAUUCUGAUUGUGUUACUUAACAAAAAUAAUAAAAAAAUAACAAUGGCAAGCAGGUAGCGAGAAAAGUAAACUAGUCUCCGACUUCAUUCUCUAUACAAGCGCAUGUGACCAUUCAGAAUGACUACAUUUAGCGAAUUUGUUUGCAAUUAGUGGAUUAGCAAGUGAGGAGCUUGUAAUCUAGAUAAGUAUAAUUAAAGCUUAGUGGUUACCCUAGCUAGAAGUGUUCUAUGAAGCAGUUAAUUUUUGAGAAAGGCUAUGCGACGAUGUUAAGGUAACACCUAUUGUAAUAUUGGCCUAAGAUCAACUAUGCUACGUGAUUGAGUGCCAACAGUGAUGACUGCAAUGCACCACUCUAGUUACCAUCACAAAAUAAUUUUGCACAUUAAAUUUUACAAUUAUUCUGAUUAGUUCGUAAGCUCUCUAUAUUGAUUUCAUGGUGUCCGCAAUCUGUAAAAGUCAGGGAAGUUGGAAUUGAUCAGAUUUUGCUUGGAAACCUGGAUAAAUUAUAGAAAUACCUUAAUGAUGGUGAUUUAAGGUAAAAUGUCAUGCUCCAGCCUAUCAUCACCCGGAAUAUGAAAGCAUUUUUUUUUUUUCAUUGUCAUGAAAGUAGAGAACUAUUGGGAUAUUGGAGGCUGGAUUUUAUUUACUUCUUUCAGAAAAAUCAAAAAUGCAAUAUAAAGUAAAUUAUUUUAAAAAGUUUGUCAAGGAAAAUUUAUUACAGAUUCUUGUGGCCUCACUUAUUUGAUGGCAUUGUUGCAAACUGAACCAAAAAUUUAAGUAAACCAUAGUAAACUUGAUGUAAACAACUGGUUAAUCACAGUAAGCUUUAUUUUAAUGGUAAGGUGUUGCUGCACCCAGGGCCGCAACUAAGGGGGGGCAAGCGGGGCAUACACCCCGGGCGCAAAGCUGUGGGGGCGCCGAAAUCGCUUGCAUUGUAAUUCCUACUACAACUGGUAACUGGUAAAAAGUUUUUUUAACUUGCAUGCCAGGAAUGUCUAAUCUGAUUUACAAUAUAACGUCUCAACAUAUUUAAUGAACAAGUCUAGUGAUUAUAAGGACUACUUUAUGGACAUUGUGGGUUCAUGCAUGGAGUUACAGUAGCACAGAAACUGUUACAUGUAGGUAUGGAAAAUGCUUAAAUAGCACCAUUUUUCCGUGGGAGGGCCCCCGGACCCCCCGCUUUAUUGGUGUGGUAUGUGCAAACAGAGGGGGGGGGGGACGCAUAAAUCCAUUCAUGCCCCGGGUGCCAGAGACUCUAGUUGCUGCCCUGGCUGCACCUCACAAUCUAUCACGCUGGGUAAAUCCGUCACGUAUAUGGCGCGUGUAAAUUUCACUUUGGUAUGACUUGAUGUAAGUUUUUGGACAUACGCCAUUGCUAAGCACUUUUUCUGUAGAAGAAAACUAAAAAAUGAAAAUAAAUAAAUAAAAAUACCCAAAAGACAAAAAGACACAGAUUAAGCAAAAAAUUGCUGUUGUCAAUUUAUUUUUAUUUUUUAUUUUUUAGUUUUCUUCUACAGAAAAAGUGCUUAGCAAUGGCGUAUGUCCAAAAACUUACAUCAAGUCAUGCACUCCCAUUGCACAAAUCUUUCAAAGAUAAUUUCACUUUGGUAAAUAGCCCAUGGUUUGGUACAUAUAUUAAAGCCACACUAGCACUCACACCAACUGAUCAACCUUGCAAAUCACAUUAACGGUACUCGUCUUGUAACCCACUUUGUGGGCUCGACCCUCGCUGAAGCCCCUAGUGCGUCACCUCUUGCUGCCGAUGUGCCACUGUGGUCGUAGACGCCCCUCCAGUGAGUUUCACUCGCCUGUCCAAGUGUCACGCUACGUUGCAGCCUCCCCUUCCCUGGCGAGUUGUGGUUGUAACUCCAGCCUGCUCUCACUCAAGCCUCUCUGACGCACUGAAGUGGCGGAUGGUCGUACCGCAGCCCACCAGCAUAGGUUUGUGUCCAGGACUAGCAUCACAGCAGGGGUGUUAGUCUGUUUAUCAGUUACCCACCCACCAAUCUGGUGUGCCACGCCGCUCACGCCAAGAUUUUACUUCCUAGACUCGACGGCAACCCAGCGUUGAGUGGGGCCGUGGCUUUCCGACGUUUCUCCGCUAGCCGACGAACACGCCUUCUCACUCGGGUGUGGGACAGACUGCUUAAGGAGCUUGCCUGCCCGGGGACACACACACGGUGUGCAGAGCUCCAGGAAAACCCACACAUUUUGAAAACUGCUCAAGAUAACCGAGUGAGGUCUGCUUACAAAAAGUCCUGACUAGGCGGCGAGACCCCUUAACUGUCUUACGCCGCUCCUGCAUGUUUACCUUUUGACUGCCAGCUGUAGUGAGUUCACACACCAGCUGAAAACGUUCUGCUCAAUUUUCUCGCCAGACCAAAUGGCACGCCAUGGGCCUCAGAAAAUUACUUCACACAACUUCACAACGUGCUCUGAACCGAUGUACUUUCCGUAGUAAAGAGCAAGUAACAUUUGCUUAAGAUGUCUCCUUACAGAUUAAGGGGGAGAGUGGAUAGAUGUAGAUGAAAUAGAUAAAACAAUUUCUGGUUAUUUGGAUGCAGAAGUAGUAUGCCUUUGCAUUUUAAGUCAGGUCUAUUGUCACAUAACCUGACAUAACAACACCUACAAGCAUAACACAAAAAUUAACUGUCUUUAGAACAUUCAUAGGGUAAGCGUAAAGCAUUAACUGCAUUGAGUGAGUUUGCAAGAUGCUCACUUGUGAACUGACUAUUCUGAUCAAAAUCGCUCAAUUUAAUCAUUCUAACUUGUCACUUCUUUUGUCCAGUGGGUAAAUUCAAAGACUGGUCCUCUUCUCUCACUGCUCGCUUGGCAUUGCUAUGUUUUAGUCAGGUGUUGAAGUAUGAAAUGGUUAAAAAAUAAUAUUGGUAUUUAUUCAUUUUGGUUUUAAUACAAAUAUAAAAAAAACUUCUAGAUAGCAACGUGAUUCCAAAAUCUAAAAAUGUAACUAUCUCUUUUCAUAAUUUUGUAGUCACAGGACAAUAACAUUUUGUUAACUUAUUUGGCCACAUCUUCCAAAAAAAAAAGCCAAGUGUGUGUGUUCUUACAUUAAAUUCAAUCGUAGUCAUGAGAAAAUUCAUUUAUUAGUUAUCUCUGUAAAUUGCAAGUUGUUUUAACUCACAACCUUCUUCACCCCCCCCCCCCCCCCCCUUUUCCUUGCAGAUAAGCCAACAAAUAUAUGCAGUUAAACAGUGAAUUGUCAUGGUUAGUGGUAAAAUUAACAAUGGUUGACCCUGCAACUGUUUGCUUGAAUAUUAGAAAUUGUCUAGAUAUAGUUACAUUCAUCAAUAAAUUUAUGCCUCUACAUUUAAAAUUGAAACAUUGCAAUCUCAGAAAUCAGUAGUAAUUGGAAAAUGUCCAUUGAACAUGACACAUCAUAUUAAUUAGAUUUAAAUUACUAAUGUUUGGAUGGUAAAGGAAAAACAAAAUUCUUCUGAAAAUUAACCAAGUAUGGUAAUAUUUUUCUAGAUCUUGUUGAUAGAUACAACCUUGAAAAUAAUUAUUUUGAUAAGGAUAUGCUGUUUUUAGGAUAUUUAGCUUGAUUAUAUAUUUUUUGUAUGUAUCACUCUACCAGAAUGUGCUGUAUCACUCCUCCACCCACUUUAUAGUGUGAGUGAAUGCUGUGAUGUAUUUUCUUUGAUGUCUGUGGACAGUUUUCCUGUGAUAACUCUUGACAAGUGUGUUGAUUAUCUAAACAUUAUUGAAGUACGAAUCAAGCAGUUAUUGAACAAACUUAGAAAUCUAACACUGGAUUAUCAUUUU